AUGGCUUUGGUAAGCGCUAGGGAGGUUUUAAGAACCGCCUAUGACAAGGGGUAUGCGGUGGCACAGAUAAAUACAAACAACCUUGAGUGGACAAAAGCUAUUCUUCUGACAGUUCAGGAUCUUAAGUCUCCUGUUAUUAUCGGAGCUUCUGAAGGAGCUAUUAAGUACAUGGGUGGAUUUAAUGUGGUUGCUUCAUUGGUGAAGGCCAUGAUUAAGGACUUGAACAUAACAGUUCCAAUAGUUCUUCAUUUAGAUCAUGGUAGCUACGAGGGAUGCAAGAAGGCAAUAGAGGCAGGAUUUAGUUCUGUUAUGUUCGAUGGAUCGCACUUUUCAAUAGACGAGAACUACGAAAAAUCCAAGGAGAUAGUUGAUUUGGCUAACAGCAGAGGUAUUUCAGUUGAACUUGAGGUUGGUACUAUAGGAGGCGAAGAGGAUGGGGUUAUGGGUUCUGGUGAAGAAGCGGAUGUUGACGAAUGCGUGAAGAUGGGUUCUCUUGAUUUGAGUAUGUUGGCUGCUGGAAUAGGUAAUGUUCACGGACCAUAUCCAGAUAAUUGGAAGGGACUUAAUUUUGAUCUCCUUAAACGUAUCUCGGAUGCUGUUAGAAAACCUCUUGUUCUUCAUGGAGGAACAGGUAUUCCUGAAGACAUGAUAAAAAAAGCAAUAUCUUUAGGAAUAGCCAAGAUAAACGUAAAUACGGAACUUCAAUUGGCCUUUGCGGCAGCAACCAGAAGAUAUGUGAUGGAAGGUAAAGAUCAGGAUAUGAAAGCCAAGGGAUUUGAUCCACGAAAACUACUUAAAUAUGGGUUUGAGGACAUUUGUGGAGUUAUUAGGACUAAGUUAGCAAUGUUCGGUUCCGUUAAUAAAGCCUCAUAG